CAUGUACUGUGCUGGUUGAGUUGUCUGGAUGAGAGAAAUAAUUCAGUGAAUACCGAACAAACGGAGCACGCAGAGAAGACAACACAUGAACACAACUUAAAAAAUCCUAACACGAUUGACAAUGAGUGAACUCUUGAGAGGGAGCUACUCCGGGUCCUCGUCCCCAGAGCUGAGACUUGUUCUCCUGGGAAACAUCGGGUGUGGAAAGACGGCCUCAGCCGACACCAUCCUGGGCCAGCUGUCCCUCAUCUCCCCCGCUGCUUCCAGGAGCUGCCAGCUGCGGCAGGGCAUCACAGAGGGCCGGAGUGUGACGGUGGUGGAGGCGCCGAGAUGGUACUGGAGCGGCGGCAAGAUGGAGGACAGCGUGAGGGAGGAGACAAAGCGAGUGAUGGCGCUGGUCGCACCAGGCCCACAUGCCAUUCUGCUGCUGGUGCCUGUUAACCAAUUCACAGAGGUGGAGGGUCUUGUGCCUGCAGAGCUGGAGGAGGCGUUUGGGAAGGAGGUGCUGGACCACACCAUGGUCGUGCUGACCUGUGGGGACUACUUGAUGGGAAAAACAGUGGAGGAAUACCUGCAGAAAGAAGUCCCAGGCCUGAGGCAGAUCAUUGAGCGCUGCGGGGGGAGGUACCAUGUCAUCAAUAAUCGUCAGCGACAGAACAGGGAGCAGGUCUGCGAGCUGCUGGACAAGGUGGACAAUAUGGUGACGAACAAUGGUGUUUUCUACAUGAAAACGGUCCAGGAGAGAGAGCUGGAGCAACGAGUGAAUGACAGAAAGCGAGAACUUAUGGAAAGUUACAGAGCUCAAAAGGAGGAGAGGAAAGAGACCGUGUACAUCCCCAACCCAGAAACACGGAGGAGUGUGGAGCACAGCACCGCCUCAGAGAGGUGGAUGAGAGAAGAGAGGGACGAGAUAGAGGGAAGUGUGGGCGUGAGCCAAAGAUCUAACAGGCUCCAUUCAACUCCAGCACCAGAACAACAGUCAUCUUCAAAGCCACACAAUGACAGGCAGGCCAACAGGGCGCCCAGUUUCAGACUAAAUGCAGAUGGAGCUGUACUCUCACAAAUGUCUGAGGUUAAAUCAACUCCAAAAGUGGUCACAACUUUUCACCACAGAAUAAACAGCUUCGAAGAGAGAUCCCCCGAGGCGUCUCCUACCUCUGCUCCUCUUUCGCCCUUCUUUUCCUCCUCGUCGACCUUCGCCUCCUCUCCCGCCUCCUCUCCCGCCUCGUUCCCCUCACCCGCCUCUCCUUCCUCAUUCGCCGCAUCGUCCUCGCCUUCAUCUUCUCCGGAGCUGCGUCUGGUGCUGCUCGGGCGAUCUGGAGCAGGGAAAAGUGCAGCUGGCAACAACAUACUGGGGCGGGAGGAGUUCGAGUCACGCCCGGAGAGCCUCAGUACCAUCACUCAGGAGUGUGUGAAAAAGAAGGCGCUGGUUGAGGGAAGACGGGUGGCGGUGGUGGAUACCCCAGACUGGUUCAAUUCAGAGCAAACUCCAGAUGAGGUGCGAGCGCAGAUCUCCUCCUGCGUGGCGUUGUCCAGCCCUGGUCCACACGCCUUCCUCCUGUGCAUCCCCUUAGACCAGCCUGCGAAGACCGAGCUGCAGGCUCUAGAGGCCCUCGAGAACAUUUUUGGCCCUGAAGCGGUCCAGAAUCACACUCUGCUGCUCUUCACUUACGCCGAUAAACUAAGGGAGAGCGAGAAGGUGGGGAAAGACGGCGUGGAGGCAUACAUCGCUAGUCAGCGGCGAGAUUUGUUGAAGCUCGUAGAGAAAUGCAGGGACAGGUUUCAUGUGCUGGAGCAGGGAGAGGGUGGGAGGGACAGGAGGAGUGUGGCAGAGCUGCUGGAGAAGGUGGAGCAGACAGUGAAGGAAGCUGGAGGGCAGUGCUACUCCCAUCCUGCUUUUCAGGAGGCGGAGAACAGAGUGAGGCAGAGACAGGUAGAGUUAGCAAGGGAGAGACGGAGAGGGACACUAGAGCAAGACGGACCGCUUGGCUCUGAGAGGCGGGUGCUUUAUUCCUACAUGCAGCCUGUGGCUGAGGCAGAAGAGGAAGUGAGAGAGGAGGAGAUUGAGCAAACAAGGGAUGAGGCGGAGAUGAGUGUAAGGUCGAUGACUAUUCAGAGCCUUCCUCCCAUUACGAGUUCCACCAUGUCCCCUUCACUCCUACGCUCCAUUAUGGAGAAAAUGGGGUCGAGCGCAAAGAUGUUACCCAAACUGUUGGCAGAUAGCUCUGUGUGGGUCGGCGAGGGAGCAAAGAAGGUGAAGGGUAGUCCGGUGUGGGGGACAGUCGGCAGCAGAGCACAGAACGUCCACAAGAAGAUGGUUGAUAGUUCUGUAUGGGGGAAGGUGGGAGCUAGUGCCGGACAUGUGUCCAAACUAGUAGGAAAUAGAGUUCCUAAGGUAAUGGUGGAUGGUUCUUCGUGGAUGGGAUCUGGGGCAAAGUCGGUAGCAGCUAGUCCAAUGUGGGGAAAAGUUGGAUCGGGGUCCAUGCGUGUUGGAGCUGGGAUUGGAGCCGGGGCAAAGAAUUUGGCACAGAGUCCCAUGUGGGGUAGAGUGGGAUCCGGGGCCAAAAGUGGAGCUAAACUGAUGGCUGAAAGCUCUGCGCGAGUUGGAGCUGGAAUCGGUGCCGGGGCAAAGAAGGUGGCGCAGAGUCCAGUAUGGGGGAAAGUGGGCUCCAGUGCCAAAGCAGGGGCCAAAAUGGUGGCUGAGAGCUCCGUGUGGGAGAAAAUUGGGACUACUGCAAAACAGGUGCCCAUGGUAGUCAUAGGGGGCGCACUGCUGGGUCUGGUGCUCGGAGUGGUCUUGGGAGGUGUGAUCGGCGGAGCUGUCGGGGCAGCUGCUGGGUCUGCGGUAACCGAGGUGGGCAGACGGAAAUUCAGCAACAAAAGCACGUUAGAAAAGACGGAUGAAGCAGCGAAAAACGUGGAGAGAACGGUGAACGACGGCAUCGACUCUCUGGUAAAACAAGGAGAGAAAGUAUUGAAGACUGAAUGAACGGCUGAAUAGAGCACGUAUUUAAAAUAUAUAACAAAUUAAAAACUUUUAUUUGUGAAUUUGUACCGUCAGAGUGUAGAAUUCAACAGUGGCAAAUAUGGUUUUCAUUUUUAUUUUGAAACAUUGUUUCCUUCUUUCUACACAAAUAUACAAGUUGAUUCCAAACUUCAAUAUUAUUCUAUUAUUUGCUUAAGUUUAAUUCCAGCAGCUAAUGAAUGAGGAUGGCUUUUUUUUUGUUUUUUCUUUUUUAACGUCGGUGAACGUCACUCACUAAAUUAUUUGUUCUAUCGAUAUUUUUGAUUUGUCUAAUUGAACUUUGCUAAUCUUGGCUCAAUCAAAUUUUUUAGUGCAAAGGAUACGAUUUGUAUUGUAAUGUGUCAAAUCAUGUAGGAAAAUAAAAAUGCUUUUAUUUUUAACCUACAAUUUGUUAUUUUCUGUCCAAUCUCUUAAUGUAAGUGGCACAUUCAAGGUGAAUUUAAGUCAUUAAAAAGUUGUAUUAAACAUGUACACUACAUCAGUCACUUAGCAAAUAUAAUACAGUUUGUUUUUGCAUUUAUUGAACUUGUUACCCUCUGCAUUAAAGAGCUGUAUCCUCAUUAUCAGCACACUAAAGCUGCUUUAGGAGAAUGUUCAUUCUUCACAUGGGACGAGCAGUUUUUAAUGUGGGCGUGGCUGAUGGAGUCGGGCUACUGUUAUUUCUGUGUGUAGUGAGUGUAUCAAGAGGGGCUCAACGUAGGGGGGCAGGCAAGGACAUUAUCUCUGAGUCCCAGGCUGGCCGCCAUCACCCUGCUUGGCCUCCUGUAUCAAAAGAGGGAGAGAAUGUUAACGCACACGCAGUCCCAACCAACAUUAUGUGGUUUCAGUUUCCGAACCGAUGUCAUUGCAAAAGCCGUGAAGUUCUGUUGAUUUCUAUACAUUUAAAAAAAUAAAAUAUACUGAAAAAAGUGUUUGCAAUUGCAGAAUUCUGCAGUACACCGUGUGUGACCCCUGCCUCAGUCCUCUCUGUGGUUUCAUAAUGAAACAGGAGGGGGGGCAGAACGGGCCAGAGGCAGCCGCAUGGCAGCGUUGUGAAAGCUGCUCUUCCUGUCGUGUGGUCCUGAAACCGGUUGUGUAGGGGUUCCCAGAGCAUCCUGGUUGUUGCAUUCUUCUUUUUUGUUUUUCCCCCACUCCCUUUCUCCCAUGCAGUGGUGGCCACCUCUCACACACACACACACACACACACACACAC